UACGGCCCUACUGCUGCGCCUGUUGGUGCUGAGUUUCCGCUGCAUACAUGUCCAAUUAGCUUCGUUGAGCUAGCUAUUCAGGGACAUCUCUGGCGACGGACUGCGGUGACCGUGCCAGACAAGGAUCGGAGCUUAGUGCAAUCACCAUGACGACAGAAAUCUCCACCUCCAUAAACAUCAAGGAGCCUCGAUGGGACCAAGGGACGUUUAUGGGCCGGGCCAAACACUUCUUCACUGUUACCGACCCCCGCAACGUCCUGCUUACUAACGAACAACUAGAGAAUGCACACAAAGUCAUUAGUGACUACCGGCAAGGGGUGAUGUCCCCCGGGCUGACAGAGGACGAGCUAUGGAGAGCCAAGUACAUCUUUGACUCAGCCUUCCACCCAGACACUGGAGAGAAGAUGAUCCUGAUUGGCCGCAUGUCGGCCCAGGUCCCCAUGAACAUGACCAUCACUGGCUGUAUGAUGACCUUCUACAAGACAACUCCAGCUGUAGUCUUAUGGCAGUGGAUCAAUCAGUCCUUCAAUGCAAUAGUCAACUACACCAAUAGGAGUGGAGAUGCUCCUCUCUCAGUUAAUCAGCUUGGCACAGCCUAUGUAUCUGCUACCACAGGGGCAGUAGCCACGGCUCUAGGACUAAAUGCACUAACAAAGCACAUAUCUCCCCUCGUAGGGAGGUUAGUUCCCUUCGCUGCUGUUGCUGCUGCGAACUGCAUCAACAUCCCUCUCAUGAGGCAACGGGAACUGAAACACGGCAUUCCGAUAACAGACGAGAACGACAACCGGUUAGGAGAGUCAACCACCGCCGCUAAGCAGGCUAUCUCCCAGGUGGUGGUGUCUAGGAUCCUCAUGGCCUCUCCUGGAAUGGCUAUCCCUCCAUUUUUAAUGACCACCUUGGAAAAGAAAGCCUUCCUGAAGAAGGUCCCGUGGAUGAGUGCACCUAUUCAAGUGGUCUUGGUGGGAUUCUGCCUGGUGUUUGCCACUCCGCUAUGCUGUGCACUGUUCCCCCAGAAGAGCUCUAUGUCAGUAAGCCGAUUGGAGCCAGAGCUUCAGGAGAAGAUCCGUGCGAGCCACCCCGGGGGAGAGGAUGGACUAUGA